AAACGGGGCUUUCAAGGUCAGAGUCUUCGACGCUCGCGCUUUUCGAAACCUGAAGAAAUGAACAAAUGCAUGGUCAAAGAGUUUUCAUUCUUGUGAGAAAACAGCCAUGGCUUCGCUCCCUGGGCUCCAGCGUCUUCCUCUUCGAACUCUAGAAGGAUAAGCGGCCAUGGCCUCCGCGCCGCAGACGAGAGUCGAGCAGGUUGAACCACAGAGAACGGGACUGAAAGGUGAUCCUCAGCUGGCGACGCUGAAAUCCGACCCUGUCGGCAAAUACGACUCGAGCUUGGGGAAAGGGCAUGAUGACUUCCCGCAACGCGAGAAGGCUACGCAUUCAUUGCUGAGUUUCGGGCCAAACAAAGGACUGGAGAUGUCGAAGGGGCAGUCGAGUGGUGGUCUGCCUCAAACGUUGCAAGAGGCACCGUUCAUGAAAUCAAUCCAAGGGGGAAGCAAUCAAGAAGGUCUCAAGCGGGUUGGACUUGCCCAAGACGCAUCUGUCUGUGCCGGGAGGGAAUUGGAAGCUAAGCAGCAUGGUGAUUCGAUAGAAUCAGGCGCAACUGGAAUUGUAGCACCUGCUGCAAAAAGGGAACCGCUGCGGAGCAAGCGGUAUGUCCCUCCCAAGCAAAUUGACAUCAACAAUCUCGGCGAGCCAAGCCCCGCAGGCUCGUCCCCCAGCCCCUCUCAAACUCUCAAGUCUCCAGGCCCUUCCCAAAGAUCUUUGGCCGACAGAAGCACUGCGGUGCUCGCUUUGCCAGCAGCCUUACCCCCAGGAUCGCAAGCAGAGUCGCAGCGGCAACUUCCAACCCCCCGACAAUCUAAGAAGCACGCAGUUCUGACCAUUCCCGUUCCCGCUCCUCAAGUCAAGAAGCCUCCAAAGCCCCAGGCCCAUAACCAUACCCCUAACCAUGCCCCUAACCACACACCUCGCUUUCCGCAACCGGUCAAUCCGCCUCCAUCAAGCCGUCCGCACUUUCCAAACAAACCAGAGGUGGCUCCCCCUCCGGUGGAGAAGAAGAAGGAUGCGAGGACGCUCUCUGUGAAAAUCUGGAUGUUGGAGCAGCUGCUGAAAAGUGACAGCGUCGAUGCUGGGGCUGUUGGUAGUCUUGUUCAAUGUGACAUGAGCCUUGUGAAUGGAGCGCCGCGGUUGAAAAAGCUGUAUGCAACCUGGCGCAUUCGCGAACUAGUGCGGUGCGGGAGAGUACCAGCCACUGCAGAGGACUUUGGGCUUCUGGAUGAGAUACUUCCGGCUGAUCAGGACCGCACGCAAAACCUACUGCUGAAUCUGAAAACAGAGGCCGUCAUUCAACACCUCCGAGUGACGGACGACCGUGCCGACCGCAACUGGAAGCUGUUUUCCUGGGCGCUGCGCCUAUUUUUUACCGAUGGGGGGGUUUCGUCCGUGGCCUUGCAAGCAAGACGUGCCGAGUUGCUGGCAGCCGAGAAGGCGCGGCGAAAGCAAGUGGCCGCAAAGGCUCUGCUGGCGCGUUACCCGCUCGAAAUUCUGCUGCAGCAGCUGCGAAUGGUCGUAGAAGAGGCCAAGUCGGACGAGCCCACGUUUCUUGAACAGGUCUUCAAUGACGUCAGCACGCAGAAGUACGUCCCCUCGUCCCCGGCGCCGCUCCUCACGGACCUCGAGGCGGUCGCGUUUGCGGAGGCGGACGCUCGAGAAAACCGGCAGACGGAUCUCCGAAACGGCUCUGGCUUUUCCGGGCGGGAGCAGGGCCUCGUCGACGUAGACGAGCUCGAGCGGAAAGCCGGGGGAAAGAAAGGGAGCAAAUCUGCCCCCUUGAACGGGGCUUUUGCGACCCGGGGGAUCCUCGGGGGAGCUGCCGUUCAUGCACCGGCGAGUCGGCGAAACCUGGCGUUCAAGCCCGGAAAGCACAAGCCCCCUUCGGGCCCUGUGGAGAUAGUUGUCCCGCGGCCAGUAGGGACGCCGAUCCGGGAACGGUGGUGGGAGAAGCAAAUACGGGGCCCCAGCGGAAAGUUCUUUGCGCCCGCGGCAAAGAACGCGCGGAUCGAGAAUGGGUUCGGGGGGGGCGCCGAGAGCGGCGGGGAAGGGCGGGGAAAAGCGAAAGGGGGUGGGGGACGGAUGUCCGGGCUGGGGCCCGGGGCGGAACGGACCAGGUUGGAGCGGAACGGAACGGAACCGAAUGAGGCCCGGAUGAAGGAGCAGGAGUGGGUGAAAGAGGCGGGGAAAGAGUGGGUCGGGGGGCCGGAAGAGCCCGGUCCGAAGAAGAAGCGGAUCUUGGACGUUGUGAUAGAGGGGGGGGGCGGGGAGGGCGGGUUUGCAUUGGGGGGGAGGGCAGACGGCGCGGUUGUUGAGGGGGGCUCAGCGGAACCGGAAUCCGCAGGAGCAGCGGAAGAAAGGCCGCGGAAAACGAGCCGGGAGAGGAAGUCGAAGGCCCGGUGGCCGGACUACGAGUGGUGGGACGGUUCGGGGGGGGCGUCGGAGGGGUCGGCGGAGGGGGGAGAAUCGGAGGAGGAAGAGAACUGGGCGGUACUGGGGGAGGUCGACGAGAACGACGGGCACGAGGGGCUGUGCAAAGUGUGCGGACAGCCGGGGACGCUGCUGCUGUGCGAGGGGUGUCCGAAGGUGUACCACUAUAAGUGUGCGGGGCUCGACGAGAUGCCGUUGGAAGACAAGUGGUGGUGUCCCGCGUGCGAGGCGUCGCAACCGUUGGGGGGGAGCGCAGAUGGUUAUGCGGGUCUCGGGGGGUUGGAGUGGGGGAGUGCGGAAGAUGGGCUGGCAGGGGGCGGGGACGCGCGGCCCCGGCCGAGCGGGGAAGAGGCAGCGGCAGCGAUGCUUGUAAUGCUAGGCGAUGGAAACGGCGGCUGAGUAUGCGUCUGGUGUUUCUUGAGUGGCAAGUCUGAUCGAGCGAGACACUGAUGAGCAGGGUAGGGACAGACACGCAAGCUCUCGUGGAGAACGACUGCCGUUGUUCUUACCGACCUGCAGUCAGCGAGCUAGCAGGGUGGCAAGAGGGCGUGCAAGUGAGUUCGUCCACACGGUCGUCUUCAGACAGCGUAUGCAUCUCCCAAACACAUCCGGCUAUCUUCGCUGCAGCCGUACGUAAUAUCCUUCCAUGCAAG